AUGAAGAGGGGCUCAGCUUGCGAAGACCCUGCAAACGUACUUGUGCCUAACGGACGGGCCUUGGCGUCGGCCCUCUUCGCCGUCUACGGCGACAUCGAAACCUCCUCUACCCCCUCUUACUCCACCGCCACCUCCUCUUCUUGUGCCACCGCUCCCCCCACGCCGCCACUGCCAACCGUCCGGCAACCGGCGAGCGCGCCGCCGUCGCCGCCCUCCUCGACCUCGCCCUCCUCGCCGCCCGACACCGACUCCAGCCAGUACACCUACAUCGACCUCACCAACGAUGACUACGACUACGACGACAAUCGCGGCGCCCAGCAGGCCUUGCACGACGGCAGCCUCCAGCUGGGAGAGCACUAUCAGGCACACGAGGACGACGACACAGAGUGGGCCGAGGAGGAGCAGGAGCAGGAGGAGAGCAGCGAGGAGGCGGCGCGCAGGCUCGAACAGGAGCGGUCGGUCGCCGAGCGCGAAUGGCGGGAGGGUCCGCUAGCCGCCGCCCUGCGCGAGGCUGCCCUCGCCCCUCCCACUUUGUCCUCGCGACCGCGCGCCCCCGACCUCCUCUACGAUAUGCGGCGGUUCGAGGAGCGGGAGGCGUUUAGGGACGCACUGCGGGUGAACCGCCGUGGCCGACGCACCGACCGCCGCGACCACAGCCUGCCGUCCACAUCGACAUCGACAUCGACAUCGUCGAUCCUGGAUUCGAUCGUGGCAGACCGGCUGCGGAGGUCACCGCCGCCCGACCUCCGACAGACAGCGAGGCGGCGCUCGCAGCACUCCUUCUCCUUCUCCUGUGAUCACCACCACCAGGAGGAGGAGGAGGAGCCGAAAGAGGAGCCUGAGGCAGCCGAUGACGGUGAAGCCGAGCAGGACGAGCUUUCAUUCCCGUCCUCAGGGAGAGGCGGCCGCACGACGUUCGAGCACGAACGCCUCUUCUGGACGUCCCUGGCCAUAUGCGAGAGUCGCAAGCGAGUGCACGAUCACAACAGCGCUGACUGGCACGUCAAACUGACCCGGGAGGGGCGAUUACUCGACCGGUUGGCGGCGAUCAACAAAUCGCGUGCCGAGCUGGAGAAUGAGCAUUCGGCAUUUGAGCGCGCGUUCGUCAGGCUGCGGCUAAAGGAGCAGCGGCGGCGCCUGAAGAAGGCGCGGGCGAAGUGGCUCGCCGACGACCGACGCCCGUUCACGCUCGAGGAGAAGGCUCUCACAUCGCGCGUGCUCCGAGGCCGCGCCGCCGAGGUGCUCGUGACGGGCUUCAACACGGAGCUCACCCGCCAGGAUCUCCAGCGUCUGCGCGACACCGAGUGGCUCAACGACGAGGUCAUCAACUUCUAUCUCAGCCUCCUCAAGCAGCGCUCUGACGACCGCCUCAAGAAGGCCGAUGCGCAGCAGGCCGCCGCCGGGGAGGCGUGGCCGCGGGUGCACUUCCUCAACACGUUCUUCUACCCGCUGCUGUCGGACAAGGGCGGCUACAACUACGCGCGCGUCCAGAAGUGGACCCGGCGCAUCGACCUCUUCGCCAUGGACCGCGUCGUCGUGCCCAUCCACCUUGGCAACCACUGGUGCCUCGCCGUCAUCAACCUCCAGGACCGACGGUUCGAGUACUACGACUCGCUGGGGUCGUCAAACCGCGAGUGCCUGCAGCGGCUGCGGCGGUACCUGCAGGACGAGGCGCGGGACAAGAAGAAGAUCGAGCUCGACCUGGCGGAUUGGGGCGACCACCAGCCCAAGGACAUCCCCCUCCAGAAGAACGGCUACGACUGCGGUGUGUUCGCCUGCAAGUUCGCUGAGUGCAUCGCCUCUGGCCGUCCCUUCUACUUCUCCCAGGUGGACAUGCCCAUCUACCGAAAGCGGAUGAUGGUGAGCAUCCUCACCAAGACUCUCACCUAA